AGCCUUCUCCGUUCAUCGUUUCGCCGGAAAUUCUUACAGUUUGGCACAGCUUCAGCUGGUUAGUAGUUUCAGUGAAUACUGAGGUAACAAUGGUUGUAGAAACUCUUGAGAGGUCCUGUGAGGGUUCAAAGAAAAGACAUGUGAAUGGUGGUGAUGUCGCUGUUCCUUGUUCGGGUGAUGAGUUUAGCAAUGGAGAUAUUAAUGCAGCUCCUGUAGUUUCAGCAAAAAGAGCUAGGGUUUCAAGAGAAAUGACGUUUGAAGAUAUUUACGGUGCUGAUGCAUUACUGAAUGAUGAUGAUGAGGAGGAGGAUGAUUGUGAUUGGGAACCUGUGCAGGCGCCUGUGGAGUUUGUAAACUGGUGUUGUGUGAAUUGCACUAUGUCGAACCCUGGUGAUAUGGUCCACUGUUAUAUAUGCGGUGAACACAAGGAAUCUGGCAUCCUGAGGCAUGGAUAUUUAGCGUCUCCUUUUUUUAAAGACACUGGUCUCAUUGAAGUCGAGGAGAAAUAUGGAGGAAGCUCAUCUGCAACCAGCUCGACAGCUGUUGGGUUCGACGAGAGAAUGUUGCUACACUCAGAAUUUGAAAUGAAGGCACAUCCACAUCCAGAGAGACCUGAUCGUCUUCGAGCUAUAGCUGCUAGUCUUGCCACAGCUGGUGUUUUUCCUGGAAGAUGCUUGCCUAUUAAUGCAAGGGAAAUCACGAAACAAGAACUCCAGAUGGUCCACACUUCAGAGCAUGUUGAUGCUGUUAAUACUACAAGCCAGCUUCUCUAUAGCUACUUCACCUCUGACACGUAUGCUAAUGAGUAUUCAGCACGUGCUGCUAGACUUGCAGCAGGUUUGUGCGCUGAUCUCGCAACAGAAAUUUUCACUGGCCGUGUAAAAAAUGGUUUCGCUUUGGUUAGACCUCCGGGUCAUCAUGCUGGCAUCAGGCAUGCUAUGGGGUUUUGCCUUCACAAUAAUGCAGCCGUUGCUGCAUUAGUAGCACAAGCAGCAGGGGCAAAGAAGGUGCUGAUUGUGGACUGGGAUGUACAUCAUGGAAAUGGAACUCAAGAGAUAUUCGAACAAAACAAAUCUGUAUUGUACAUAUCCUUGCACAGACAUGAGGGAGGACACUUCUAUCCCGGUACUGGAGCUGCUGAUGAGGUUGGUACAAAUGGUGGGGAAGGUUAUUGUGUAAAUGUUCCUUGGAGUUGCGGUGGAGUUGGUGAUAAAGACUAUAUCUUUGCGUUUCAACAUGUGGUUCUUCCCAUAGCUUCUGCAUUUUCUCCAGAUUUUGUCAUCAUAUCAGCGGGAUUUGAUGCUGCUAGAGGAGACCCAUUAGGAUGCUGUGAUGUGACUCCGGCUGGCUAUUCUCGAAUGACACAGAUGUUGGGUGAUCUGUGCGGUGGGAAAAUGCUAGUUAUUCUGGAGGGCGGCUACAAUCUUCGCUCCAUAUCUUCUUCUGCAACAGCAGUGAUCAAGGUGCUUCUGGGUGAAAUUCCUGAGAAUAACCUGCCCAUCGCAGCCACGCCUUCAAGAGAAGGCUUACAAACUGUUCUUGAUGUAAUGAAUAUUCAAAUGAAGUUCUGGCCAUCACUUGCUAUCAGCUACUCCAAAUUACUCUCAGAGUGGGAAGCACGUCUGAUCGAAAACAAAAAAAAUCAGAUGAAAAGGAAGCUUGUUCGGGUUCCGACAUGGUGGAAAUGGGGACGAAAGAAGCUUUUGUACAAGUUUCUCUCAGCGCGUAUGAUUUCAAGAUCAAAAUGAUUUUAGAAAGCAUUCUUCCUAAUCCAUCGUAGGAACUGUAUUAUGACUCAACUUUUGAUACCUAGAGAAUACUAUUUAAUCGUAGGUAACUAAUCAAGUUAUCUCUUCAUUGUUCCAUAUAUUUUUUUGCAUUUUGUAUUUCUCAGUUUCUCUCAGAGAACAAACAGAUGAGUAAAUGAAACACCGUUUACUUA